CCCACGCCUGGUUUGGGGUCCUCCGCUUCCCUGGCCGACGUCCGGGCCGUCCAGCCCGCCGAACGGCCGAAAUCCGCCGUUCCGUUGCGGUGCGGCGCCGGUACCUUGCGUGGUCUCACUCUGAGCCCCUCACGCGCCGCAGAGCUGCGGGUGAGUCCCGGCGCCGGGCUCAGGGUGCGGGUCCCAGCUCGAGCUUGCGGCACGCUGCGUGGCCCGCGCCUGAGCUGCGUCCCGGGCCACCGCCCACCGCCACCUGAGGGGCUGAAACCGGAACACUGUGGCCCGGGAGUCUCUCUCAGUACCUAGCACUUGGAGCCACCAUCCACUGAGGGGUGCCGACGGGGCCGCGGAGGGGCUUCAGGGCCCACCUCAGUUUUCACCAGACCUUCAGAGGGACCCCUUCUCAAGAGGGCCAGCCGUAACCGUGAAAUACUCGUCUCUCGAGCCCUGUCCGCGUGGGGGCACUGCGGAAAGCAAACCCUGUCCAGGCCUCCGUUAGAACCUGCGUGUGGGCCUGGUUUCUGUUUUUCAGACGAGGGAGCAGGGCCGGGAAGGUGAAGUAACUUGCACCAAUGUUGGUGAGGGGCUGGGAGUGAAGAACGGCUUGUAUAUACCGCAGCGUUUUUCCUCUAGCCUGGACCCAAGGAGGGCUUGCGGUGGGGACAGCUGGUGCAGUCCCGUGCUGCGUUCCAAGUGUUGGUGUGCUCUGUCCGCAGAGUCCAGUGUUUGGCUACAGGUGUUGGGAGAGUCAGGUGUGACCCAAAGGUCCAAGGGAACAAUGGCCACCGCUUCUGGCCUCCAACCUCCGCCACCCCUGGAGCAGGACCUGGAGCAGGAUGAGAUCCUGGUGGUGAAGGUGGAAGAGGACUUCUGCUGGGAAGAGGAGCCCUCCCUGGGGACAGAAGACCCCAGCCCUGAGACCUUCCGCCAGCUCUUCCGGCUCUUCUGCUACCAGGAGGUGGCGGGGCCCCGCGAGGCUUUGAGCCGCCUCUGGGAGCUCUGCUGCCGCUGGCUGCGGCCCGAGCUGCGCACCAAGGAGCAGAUCCUGGAGCUGCUGGUGCUGGAGCAGUUCCUGAGCGCGCUGCCCCCGGAUGUCCAGGCCUGGGUGCGCGAGCAGCAGCCGGAGAGCGGUGAGGAAGCCGUGGUCCUCGUGGAGGGGCUGCAGCGGGAGCCCAGGAAACAGAGGCAGCGGGGCUCGGAGGUACUUUCUGAAGACAUGGUGUCCCUUGGAACGGGGGGACAGUUCCAGAAACGCCAGGCAGAGGAAUGCUCCCUGGAGGAAGGAGCUCAACGCACCAGCCAGCAGCCCCCAUCUCAGCUGAGUUACAGGCCAAAGAGGGUCCCCUUGCUCUGGCCAGAGAGGGGCCCGCCGGCCUCCCAGGAUCAGGAGAUGGCGUUGCCUUCGUCCUUCCUCUCAGCCUGCUCCCAGGUGCCAGGGACCUUGGAGGACGUGACUGUGUACCUGUCCGGGGAGGAACAGGGAUCCCUGGACCGCGCCCAGUGGGACCACAGCUGCGACGUGCUGCCGGAGAACGAGGAGAACGAAGGGCUUGGGAUCCAGCUGGAGGAUGGAGGUGACGCCAGGGAAGACGCUCUGCUGAGGAUGGAGUGGUACCGAGUGCUGUCAGCACAGUGCCCGGGGCCUGGCCUCCCUUGUCCACCCUUGGUGGGGCCUGAGCGGCCAGGAGGCUGCCCCCGGCAGGCAGGAGCAGGGCCCCGCGGGGCGGAUAAGCCAUUCACCUGCCCCGAGUGCGGCAAAGGCUUCAGUAAGACGUCCCACCUGACCAAGCACCAGCGCACGCACACCGGGGAGCGGCCGUACAAGUGCCCGGUCUGCGGGAAGGGCUUCAGUGACCGCUCCAACUUCAGCACGCACCAGCGCGUGCACACGGGCGAGAAGCCCUACGGCUGCCCCGAGUGCGGGAAGCGCUUCAGCCAGAGCUCCAGCCUGGUCAUCCACCGCCGGACGCACACGGGCGAGCGGCCGUACGUGUGCGCGCAGUGCGGCAAGAGCUUCAGCAACAGCUCACACUUCAGCGCCCACCGCAGGACGCACACGGGCGAGAAGCCCUACGCCUGCCCGGUCUGUGGCAGGGGCUUCCGCCGGGGCACCGACCUCCACAAGCACCAGCGGACCCAUGCAGGGGAUGGCUCUCCACCAAAGCACCAGCCAGGCACACCCGCCCAGCUCUAGGAGGCCCCCGGGCCAAAGCGUGAGCUCCACACCCAGAAGCAGCCUUCCCAGAACCCUUUGCAGAAGUUCACAGUCACAGGAUUCCUGAUCUGCCAGACUUGGUUCUGUCCUGGACCUGAGACCCGGGUCUGAAAGCGUCCAGGCUGACCCAGCUCCCGGGGGGCCCAGUGAGGACCUGCUGGUGGCAGGUGUGCACUGGCACAGAGCAGGGAAGCUCGUGCAGGUCCCAGUGGGCAGCACGGCAAGGACGAACUCUGCAGACUGGCACACACGUCGAGGCCAGGGGUCUGCGCUAAGGGGUCAUCGGGGCUGGUCCCUCCUGAGAACCUGAUGGAGUCCCUCCCCUGUCUCUAAAGUGUCUCACGGUGGCUGG